UCAGCCGGCCCCUGGUAGUUUUUAUAUUGGGGGAAAGAUAAUCAGAAGUUCUACUUCUGAUUGCUUCUAUUCUCACGGUGAAAUAAGAAACAGGGUCAUUUGUUGAGACAAAAGAAAAAGGAAGCGGGCAGUUCGCACUUACCGGUCUGGGCGGCAGGGACGCUCCGCCGCUCUCCCGAUGGGGCAGUGCUUUCCCUGUCCCGGGGAGUCCGCGCCUCCCUCGGACCCGGCAGAGAAAAGAGCAAAACUUGCAGAGGCUGCAGAGAGAAGAGAGAAGGAGGCUGCAUCUCAUGGCAUUUUGGAUGUUCGUUCUGUGGAAGAAAAGAGAAAGAAAAAGAAAAAAAUGGAAAAACAAAUUGCUACGUCUGGGCCCCCACCAGAAGGUGGACUUAGAUGGACAGUUUCAUGA